AUGCCUGCGAAAAAGAAGGCACUUUCAGAGAAGACCAGCAAUACUCAUAACGUAGCUGCUCCAACAAAUGGGAUUCAGAUGUCGACUGCUGCGAAAAAGAUGUUCGCAGAGAAGGGCAUCGAUAUUCCUACCGCAACUGUACGACGAAGUUUUCUGAAGUCGUUAUUUACUUGCACCCUCGCCGACAAGAUGCGCACAGGAAUCUUCAUCCAAGAAGCGUAAAAUCAGCGACUGCGAAGAAAUCAGUAUCGAUGACGAACGCUGCUAUGACGUAGACAUCAGCUGCGAUGCCGUCCGCAACAAGGUCCGCAAAUACCUCGAGACGGGCGAAAUGACAGUCGGCCAGUUCCAAAAGGUAAUUGAGGUCAACUCAGCUCCCUACAACAACUUCAUGCGACAAGCCGGCGCUCAUAAAGGAGAGCAAUCAAGCGUAUACCCCAAGGCCUUGGCAUUCUUCAAACAUCGCGAAUUGAACGGCAUCAAGCCCCCCAAGAAGCCCAAGGUCGUGAAGGAAGCCGCCAAAGCCAAGGAGGAAGAGUACGACGUCACGGACCGCGAUAAACUUGAGGGCGAGACCGAAAAUGCCGUCAAGGUUUACGAUACGUGUGAUGUUGCCCGAAAACACAUCAAUGAGCUUAUCAAUAAACAACAUGUCUCCAAGGCCUUCCUUAUGAAUCAGUUCAAAGCAUGCUUUUCAGAUGAUCGAAAGAUAUCGGCCAGUCAAUUCAACGCAUUUCUCUCGAAGAUAGGUCCGAAUGCGGGAAACCGAGCCGCGGUUUUUUAUGCUGCCUAUGUCUACUUUGAAAAACUUCGAAUCAAGCAGGAUAAGCCAAAGACGGGGUUCCGAGAGGAGAUGGAGAAGAAGCAUAAGCGUGGCUUUGAUCUGGAAACUAAUCAUGAUAACGGCUAUAAGAUACACAUCUCACAGCGUGUUGUUGUGAACCAAUAUGGUGAAGUCGGGAUUGAAAAAAGGUGAAAUAGGGGUUCUAGUGACUGUUGCUACUUUUGUAAUGGUGUUACAUCAGAACAUCUCUCAACUUUUGAGAGCUCAGGCUGAGUGACUUUUCGGUCGCGUUUGCUGGGAGGAGUUACAUUUGUAAAGUUCAUCUUCUGGAUUUCAAUUACUCAUUGGGGUCUAUGCUCCAGAUAAGUCUUUUGUACAUACACUACUGGCGAUUUGAGGAAAACCUAG